AUGUCCACCUCUUCUCUUCCAGAUCACAUCGCAGACCCUCUCAAGGAGGCCGUAUCGACGCUGGCCCCCGUUGGGAUGGAGUUUGCCCGAGGCCCUUCUUUCUGGUCGUCCGCGGCAUCAUCGUACGCCUCCGGCGAGACCUCAGAGAACGUCUCCAACGAGAGCAGCAAUGGCUCUCGAGAGUUAUCGCCCAUCAGCACCCCCGGAGAACCAGCCGCCAACUCGGUCUUGCUCUUGCAGCGAGAGUCCCAUGACAAUGCCGACAGCCCCUAUUGCCUCCCCGCCGACAACGAGGAGAGGAUCCGGCUUGACAAGCAGCACAACUUCAUCCGCGACCACAUCUGCAACGGCCGCCUGGUCAUGGACGAGUCUCUCCGGCUCGAGGACGGUGCGCUCGUCCUCGAUCUCGGUACCGGGUCCGGUGCUUGGGCGUCCGAUUUGGCGCGUAUCUUGCCCGCCGGCGUCGGCAUCCAAGGCUUCGAUAUCAGCAACCGCCUGUUCCCGCAGAACACGCCCAGCGUGAAGUACGACAUCGGCAAUGUGCUCGAACUGCCGGCACACCUCGACUCUCGAGUCACCCUUGCGCACCAGCGCCUCCUGAUUUACGCACUUCGCCGACAUGAAUGGAGCCGUGCUAUUGCCUCCAUCAAAAACACUCUCAUCCCCGGCCAGGGCAUCGUCCAGCUCACCGAGGUCCUCACACCUGCAAACAACCCUGGUGCCGCGCAAGAGAAGUUUCAAGUUCUGCUCUCCUCCAUUGGUCAAAAGCGUCAGCUUCUCCUCGACUGCGGCGAGCACCUCCCGGCUCUCCUCUCCGAGGCUGGCUUUGUCGAUAUCACCAAGAGAACUGUAAAGGUUCGCCUCGGCAGCGCGGGCGGACUGAAAGGCGUGGAAGCGGCCGCAUGCCGAAGCGGUGCUUUCCGCGGCAUGCGCGACAGCGUCCUGCUCGACGGCGGCUACGGCGUCGUCAACGGCCCCGAAGAGUUUGACAAGCUUGUCAACCAGGUGAUGGCCGAAUGGGAAACCAACGUAUGCUACGCCUUCUACUACACGAUAACGGCUCGCCGUCCAGCUCUGAGCCCCGCUGCGCCGUCGCCAUCUUCGCUAAGCAUGCCGGAAACAUUCGGUCUCGCAGCGAAGAAUCAUAGCAUGCAUCUUCCGCUUUACUGA